UUUGCAUCAAAAUAAAUAUUUGUUUGCUUUGCAUUUUCACUUUUGAAGUACUGUGCUAUUGCCGUUGCCGAUUGCUAUAACUAUUUAUUUUGCAUUUGCGUGUUAUCUUAAUAUUGAUGCAAACGUGAAUAUUCCAAGAAAAUAAGGUCUCAUAUCUGAAUCAUGUUGGUAAUUAGAGAUCUGCUACCCAGUUGGAUGUACCUACUAGUAAUGCAAUAGUUGUGUAUGGCUGCACUGCAAGCCGGGGCGGCCGGGCCUGGCGCCGCGUACUGCGCACGCCCGCCACCUGCUCCCGCCACCGCUCGCCACCCCCUUCGUCCCAGCAAGCCUUCAGCCUUAAAUUAUGUGCACGUCUCUUGUAAAUUGUUAUUGAAAUAUUAAAUCGUCUGAAGUAUCGUUUUGAAUUUGAAGGAAGUAUAUCUUAAAUAAAAUUCAGGACUCGGAAUCUGUGUGCUCGUAGCUCGGUUUGGAUACCUGGUAUCGAAGCGGUUGGUAACUCCAGCCGGAAGAUGUUCAGCGGCAGGAUGAUGACAAAGAAUGUAACGUCUGAUGGUGGCGGUGCGCAGAUGAAGCGCGCGGGCGUGAGCGGCCAGCUGGUGCCGUUCUUCAAGGCCGUGUGCGUGUACUUCUUGCUAGGCGCCGGCGCGCCUUCCGCCACCACCGCCGCGCUGAAGUGCGCGCCCGUCAUCUGCCUCUUCGGUUGCGUGCUCUACAAGGCGGCCUACUCCGCGGGGGCACGGGGCCGGUACGCGCGCUUCGUAUGCCUGGGACUGGCGCUGUCUGCGCUUGGAGACGCGGCGCUGGUAUGGCCGCGGCUGCUGGCGGUCGGCAUCGUCAUGUUCGGCGCGGCGCACGUCGCCUACAUCGCUGCGUUCGGUCUGCGGCCGAGGCGCGCCGGGCUGGGCGCUCUGGCCGCGCUGGCAGCGGCGCUGUAUGUGCGCACGUUGCGCCCCGCAGCGCUGGCGCCCUUCGCCAUUCUCGUGCACGUGUAUGCGGCCCUGCUGGCGGCGAUGGCAUGGCGCGGAGCCGCACGUCCCGGCCCGCAGCGCGCCGGCGCCGUGCUCUUCGCCAUCUCGGACGCCCUGCUCGGCUACAGCCUCUUCGGCGGAUCCCUGCCCUACAAGAAUGUGCUGGUGAUGUCCACCUACUACUUGGGGCAGCUGCUGAUCGCCUUGAGCGCGCUCAAGCCGGCGGAGGCGCAGCAGCACGAGCAGUGAAUCCCCUCCUCUGAAUAUGUUCCUGCACUUACCCUCCAGUCUCUGUGCGCGGGAACAUGAAGCACAGGGAGGAUGAUGUGCUACUCUGUGCGAUGUGUAGGCGGGAAACCGUUUAAAUUUUAAAUGGCGUUUUCUCGCCGCUACUACUUUACGGGGGAAAAUAUAGCUUAGUAUAUUUUAAUUAGGCGAUAUUGUGAAUCGGAAUAGCAGGUUAACCAAGAUGUUGCUUCAGAUGUUUCAGUGCGUAUAGACCGUUUCAUUUAUGUGUUGUCUAGGCAAAGCUUUUAGAACAAUGUGCCAAAAUGGCUGAUGCCGUGCCCGCGCUCUGCGGGUCGGACAGGGCGAAGUGCGUUCUUAAUACGUUUACAAAUUGGCAAAUGAGUAGUUUAGGUAGAAAAUAUCAAUCUAUUACCUAGUAAUAGUUUAGUGACUUACUGCCGCACUCAAAGUUAAAUGGAGUAGGACAGUAAGUGACAAAUAAAGCAAGGCACCAAAAUGCACUAAAAUUUGAGAAUUUUUAUUACAAUCAACUCAGCUGGAACUGGGCUUGCUAGUAAAACAUUCUAAAAACUUGGUAUAAGUAAAAGUUUGUGCAAUUGUUAGGAUUAUCUGCACAAUAUUUCAACGAUCUCUUUGGAAAUGAAUUUUUGAACGAUUAUAAAAUUGGGAUAUUGCAAUAAAAAUAUAUAUUCGUAUUAUUAAAUAUCGUUCGGCGGGAACAUUUAAAAUCAAUUACAAUAUUAUUGACGGAGUCCUAUGUAAACAGUAUUGAGGACACAAGCACAAAGAAUUAAAUUUGUUUAAAUAGAGUUGAACUUCGUUAUGUGCAUUUUAUAGCUAAACAUAUAAGACCAAACUAGACAUUGCCCAUUCCCUACAAGAAACGUGUCGAGUUCAUAAAAAAUAACUUUAUGUGCUAUAAAAGUCUAUGCAUAAAUAAAUAUUAACACGAAUAUUAAAAUAUAAACGUCGACAAUAUAAUUUAUUUGUCGAUGCGAUGAUUAUUGAUGUACGUUUGCGAAGUUAUUGUAGAUAUUUGAUGUAAACUGUACAUUAGUGCGGGCACUAAUUGUAUAGUAUUGUUUUAUCACAUGAAGGUAAAACAAAGCAUUUUAUAUGUAUUUAUUAUUUUCUCACAAAACUAAAUUGAAAAAAAAAACAUUUAUUUAUUUAUAUGUCAAUGUCUUCAAAACUUGUAUUUAUAUUUCAUGAUAAUGUUAAAAUUGUGUUUAUAAUGAUUAAGUUAAUGGUGAUGUGUAAUCUCUUAUUGUUCGUUAUAUUUGUUUAUAUAAAUACAAAGUUAAUUACAUAAGUAAGUAUAUAAUUAGUGGAGUAGAUACAGUUGUCUGCGCGCUCAUUGCACACACACACACACACAGACAGACAGACAGACAGACAGACGGACGGACAGACAUAUCGCGACAAACAUUUAGUCAAUAUAACUAAUAUUGCACUACAUAAAUAAAUACAUUUAUCUUCCAAUCUAUGUCACUUGUGUGACAUAAAGACAUGACAUGACAUAUUACUACAAAGUUAAAUAUUUUUAAACAUUUUACAUUCUCCUACUUCACUUAUAUGUUUACAUAUUUAUAUAGUAACGUAUUAUUUGUAGUUAGAAUUAAAAUAUCAGUUUUUAAUGUAAAUUAUAUUUGGUGUUUGUUACCUGGCGAGUGGUUGCUGUCUGUGUGACAACAUGUCUUUGUAUGUACAUGUUAUAUAUAACUUUUGUAUAUGCCUCGCUAGGAGGAUCGACUAUUUUUCCAAAUAAAUAUGUGUACCCUUA